CGUGAGGGGAGGAGUUGUUUUUUUUUCCCUUUUCCCUCCUCCAUUAAACUUGGCAGUUACUUGUAACUUGUUGCAGGUGGAAGGUGGAAGGAGUGGGAAGCACUUUGGUGCUUGGACUUUGUACUAACAAGUACAAAGGAAGAGUCUGGGAUUUCACAGGAGACGUUAACAGCUUGGCCUGCCAGUGAUUAUGCUUCGGACUAGGAGGACUGCAAGAUUGUUUGAGUGAUGGCCUCUGACAGAUGUCAUCAUAAUCUGCUCUUCACAAAGAUCAGACAAGUUGUUAAUUCUGAUAGCUGGAGGACCUUGUCAAGCAGCUUUUCUGGAAUGUGUCUGGGAAUUUUAUUUGAAGACUUUCUUCUGUGACUUAAGUCACUUUUCAACAUCAGAUUGGAUUGUAAUCCCCCCCCACAAUUCUGUUCCCUUGGGAAUAAAUCACUCUGGACUGGCCUGACUGUGUGACAGCUUUAGAUAGCAGUCAUUCAUUGCAACCUAGAUGAACCUACGCUGCCCUAGUCCCUUUCCUCGCUAGCUGUCCACCAUACGGAACAAUCUGAGGAACCCUCAAGACUGCUUUUUCGCCUUCAUCCCAGUUUUACAGGAAUAUUUUUGAAAUAUUUUUUCUUUUUAGUAACUUUUGAUAUUUGGAUUCUAUCACAUUUUCUAAAUCGCUGACAGACUCUCUAGAGUGUGGGGUCAGCGACUACACUUGAAUAUCUAACGCUGUGUGAACCCCUGGCACUUGGCACGUUUACCAUACAUCAGCAGUCAUGGAGUCUGUAGCAGCUAGAAUGGCCAUGGUGACAGACUCCCCGAACCCUUCAUUAAGGUCGAGGACUACUGUGACGACGGAUGGCGAUUCCUUCGUGAGCACUGUCAGCCUUCCCUGCAGCCACUUUCUCUCUGCCAACUUCAUCAAUGUUGUGGAGAAAUGCAUGAGCUCCAUGCAGAUGGGGACCCAGAUGGUGAAGCUCCGUGGAGGCUCCAAGGGACUGGUACGGUUCUUCUAUUUGGACGAACACAAGUCCUGCAUCCGCUGGAGGCCCUCACGCAAGAAUGAAAAGGCUAAAAUUUCCAUUGAUUCCAUCCGGGAGGUGUGUGAGGGCAAGCAGUCUGAGAUCUUCCAGCGCUAUGCAGAGGGUAGCUUUGACCCCAACUGUUGCUUCAGCCUGUACUAUGGAGAACACAUGGAGUCCCUAGACCUGGUGUCCGGGACCGGAGAGGAUGCACGAACCUGGAUCACAGGCCUCAAGUACCUAAUGGCUGGCAUCAGUGAUGAAGACAGCCUGGCCAAGAGGCAGCGCACCCGCGACCAGUGGCUGAAGCAGACUUUCACUGAGGCUGAUAAGAAUGGAGAUGGCAGUCUCAGCAUCAGUGAAGUCUUACAGCUCCUGCACAAACUCAACGUCAACCUCCCCCGACAGAAGGUCAAACAGAUGUUCAAGGAGGCAGACACAGAUGACAACCAGGGAACAUUGGGCUUUGAGGAGUUCUGCUCCUUCUACAAGAUGAUGUCGACCCGCAGAGAUCUGUACCUCCUCAUGCUUACCUACAGCAACCACAAAGACCACCUCGACACAGACGACUUGGCCCACUUUCUGCAGACGGAGCAAAAGAUGACCAAGGUGACCAAGGACCAUUGUCUGGAGAUUAUCAACAAAUUUGAGCCGUGCUCUGAGAACCAGAAGCAAACAGUUCUGGGGAUUGAUGGUUUUACUAAUUACAUGCGCAGCCCAGCGGGGGACAUCUUCAACCCAGAGCACUACAACGUGAACCAGGACAUGAACCAGCCGCUGUGCAACUACUUUAUUGCCUCAUCGCACAACACCUACCUGAUGGGUGAUCAGCUCAUGUCGCAGUCCAGGGUGGACAUGUAUGCCUGGGUGCUGCAAGCUGGCUGUCGCUGUGUGGAAGUUGACUGUUGGGACGGCCAGGAUGGUGAGCCUAUUGUGCACCACGGCUACACCCUCACCUCCAAGAUCCUCUUUAAAGACGUUAUUGAGACUAUUAACAAGUACGCUUUCGGAAAGAAUGACUUCCCAGUCAUCCUGUCCAUAGAGAACCACUGCAGUGUUCCUCAGCAAAAGAAGAUGGCUCAGUACCUGAUUGAGAUUCUGGGGGACAAAUUGGACGUGUCCAGCAUCAAAGCCGAUGAGUCUGGAUGUCUGCCGUCACCAGAAACUCUCAGGGGCAAAAUCCUUGUGAAGGGGAAGAAACUCCCCCCUAACAUUGAUGAGAAUGCAGAGGAAGGAGAUGUUUCAGAUGAGGACAGUGCUGAUGAGAUGGAAGACGACUGCAAGCUGAUGAAUGGAGAUACAUCGGCCAACAGGAAGCAGGUGGAGAACAUGGCAAAGAAGAAGUUGGACAACCUAAUGAAGGAAUCCAAGAUCCGAGACAGAGAAGACCCAGACAGCUUCACCAUCGCAGCUCUCCCUCCUGCUGGGAAGCCCACAGAUACAACGGAUAGCAAGGGUAAAAGUGAGGAUGGGACUGACACAGCAGAUGAGGCUAACCCCAGUAGCAACAAGCGCACUGGCCGCUCCUUCAUGGGGAGCUUCUCUAAACGCAAGAAAAAGACAUCCAAGCUGAAGAAGACAUCAAGCUUUGAAGACACAGAUACAGACCAAGAGAGUACAAGCAGCGCCUCCCGUGCACCACUGCACCACAGCAAAAAGAAGAAGACCAUGAAGCUGUCCAGGGCUCUGUCUGAUCUGGUCAAAUACACACGGUCCGUAGGUCUCUAUGAUAUUGAGGCACAAGCCAACUGCAGCUGGCAGGUGUCAUCACUGAGUGAGACUAAAGCCCAUCAGGUGAUGCAACAGAAAGCUACAUCCUUCAUUCACUUUAAUCAGCGACAGCUCUCCCGCAUCUACCCUUCAUCUUACCGCGUGGACUCCUCUAACUUCAACCCUCAGCCCUUCUGGAAUGCCGGGUGUCAACUUGUUGCCCUCAACUACCAGUCUGAGGGCCGCGUCCUGCAGCUCAACAGAGCCAAAUUCUACAGCAACGGCAACUGCGGCUACAUCAUCAAACCUGCCUGCAUGUGUGAAGGUGCCUUUAACCCCAACAUGGAAGACCCGCUGCCUGGUCAGAUGAGGAAACAGCUGGUGUUAAAGAUCAUCAGUGGACAACAGCUGCCCAAGCCCAAAGACUCUAUGCUGGGAGACAGAGGAGAGAUCAUUGAUCCCUUCGUGGAGGUGGAGAUCAUUGGCCUCCCAGUGGACUGUUGCAAGGAGCAGACCAGAGUGGUGGAUGAUAACGGGUUCAACCCAAUGUGGGAGGAGACUCUGGUGUUCACAGUCUACAUGCCAGAGCUGGCCCUGGUGCGAUUCCUUGUGUGGGAUCAUGACCCCAUCGGCCAAGAUUUCAUCGGCCAGCGCACCAUUGCCUUCAACAGCAUGAUGCCAGGUUAUCGCCAUGUGUACUUGGAAGGGAUGGAGGAGGCUUCCAUCUUUGUUCAUGUGGCUGUGAAUGACAUCACUGGUAAGGCCAGAGCAGCCAGUGGCAUAAAAGGGCUGUUUCACAGAAACCCAAAGCAGGCUUCCCUGGACAGCCAUGCUGUUGUACAGCGCAGCCGUAAGCACCCGUUCGGUGCCCACCUCCUGCGCCGCACUGCCAGUGCACCCACCAAAGGUCAGCCCAAAAUCAAGAAGGGCCUCCCAGAGAUUGCCAUCGACACCAAAGAAUACAGCUCAGAAGGCGCUAGUGAGGAGCGAGAAUCUGAUGACAGGGACAAGGCCUCUGCAGCCGUCUCUUACCAGUUCACACCACCACAACACCGCAACGGGGAUUCACUUGCAUCCCAACAAACCAAGGGCCCCUGGGACCAUCCUGACUCCAAUGGGGCUUUUCACCCUGAAGAGGGUAAAGACUGUUCUACAGGGCAGAGACCAACUGCCCCCCUUCCAUUUCUUGCACUAAACUCAGACGACACUAGGAGCCUCCGUUUCAUCCGGUCUGCAUCCACUCCAGAGGAGAGUUUGUCUUCAUAUCACUCCUCACCUUCACCACUGCACUCACCUUCCACAGCAAUAAAUGCAAAUGCCCCAUCGUCCAUUCCUUCAACUGGGACGGUGCUCAGUCUUGCCAAGGUGAGCGAAGACCCUAAGAAACCUACUUUUUCCAGAACUAUGUCAUUGUCUCUGACAAACCCUGCUGAGAAAGCUUUAUUGUCACAGUGCAGUCAAGAUACCCAGAACAACAAAAGCACCCAUUCAUUCAUGGAGCGCACACCCAACCAGGGAGAAAACCAAGAAGCUAUGAAAGAUAAGAAAAAUGAUACAGCAGAGUCAAAAUCUGACAACAAAGGAGAGCGUCCUGCUGCAGCAGUGUCCAUUAGAACUCCGGCAGUCCCUCCAGCUCAGCCAGCCCACAUGAGGAGAAGUCAUUUUAACCAAAUGUCAUCACACACACCUGUAAGAAGAACAAAAAGUGAGGGACAUGUUCAGAUGGAUGUAGACAUAACUGGGCAAACCCCGUCAGCAAUACCAGAGGUCUGCACUGAUGCUACCAUGAAUGAUCGCCUUUGGAGCAAGCUGGAGCCAGGCAGCCACCGAGACAGCAUGUCCUCCUCCUCUAGCAUCUCUUCAAGUGACACAGUCAUUGACCUUUCCCUGCCUAACCUGGCUAGAAAGAGUUUCACCAGCCUGCCCACAGCCAGCAGUACCUGCAACCCUCCAUGGGCCAACUGUCAUCACUCAGCAUUAGUCUCCUGUGAUGCCCUGCGAGUCAGCAAGAGCAAGUCAAACCCCAAUCUUCAGCAAAGUGGCAGCCCCAAAGAUGAGCUCAAGCCUCGCCCACUGCAGCCAGCCCAGGAAGUUUCUGUGGACUCACCUGGCAGACUGACUCAAAGGAGGCACACAUGGAGCCGGCUCUAUAUGGAAGAACUCAAGCAGUCAUCAUCUAGAAGGCCAUCCACUGCAGCUAUAACCCCAACAGCUCCAGCUCCCAUGUCCAAAAGCCUUGGGGAUCUCACCUCUGAUGACAUUUCCUGCAACUUUGACAGCAAGUACCGCAGCAUCAGUCGCAGCUUCAUUGUUAGGCCAACCAGAGACCAGCUCCGCAAGGGCAGCCCACAGAGGUCUCGACCACCCAGUGACCUGACAGAGCAGUUACGAAAGCUGACUGAUGUGGAGCCCCUAACUGCUAGUGAUUUCACCCCAGAGAACAGGCCCAGAGAGUCAGAGGGGUUGUCAGUGGACGAGACCCUGGUGCGAAGGACCUCCUCAAGGAGCCAAAGCAGGGUGCGGUACAUUGCAAACAGGGCCAAGAAGGCCCAAGAAAGGCAGAGGCUGCAGGGCCUGAUCCAGGGCAGAAGUGCAAGCUUUAGCCUUACUGGUAGCAUUGGCAGUGGAAGUAGUGCUAACCCAAUCGAGGAGCGAGGGAACCCCGAAGGGGCGUGUUGCGUGGCCCGGAGUCCCUGCAGCAGCCUAGACCUGCUGAGUCAGCUCAUCCCCCUAGGAUCUCCCUCCGCUAUACAGUCUCCGUCCUCCCCAGACCCUGAAAACAGUGAAGUCUUUUUCAUGCUCAAACUCUAAGAACUGGCUGACUUGGAACUGAGCGUGAGAGACACAGCUAGACACUUGUUUGGAGUACAUUCCAGCUUUCUCCGAUAGAAAUCUUUUUUUUUUUAAAAUUGUGUAUCUUGCAAAAUUUCUCACAGAAAACUGGUUCAUAAUACAGAUUAUUUCAAAGUCUUACUGAAAACUGUGUUCCACGAAAUUAGUAAUCCAUGAAAUGAACAAUCUACUCUUAUUUUACAGUUGUGCAAAAUCAUUUUACAACCUGUGCAACCAGAAAACAAUGUCUUGAAACAGUUCUUCUAAAGCAACUAGUACAGCUGUCAUCUGUUUGCACCAAAUGUUAGAUCAUUGCCAGACUGUAUUUAGUGAUAAAAACCCAGGGUUUUUACAUACUAUUCAUGUUGACUGUCAUCUACUCUAAUGUUUGAGUAUUUUUUGAGCAUUUCAUGAGCAUACAGUAGCAAUAGGUUACAACUAGAGGACAGGAUUUUGAAAGAUUCAUUGUUUUUAUUUACUUGAACUGUAGUGAUAUUCUUUAACUUUGUUGGAAAUACUUUGUGUCAAGGCAUUAUUCUCAGCCAUUCCAACCACUAGCAAUAUUUUAAAAAUGACGGCAUGGUAUCAUAUUGGAGAUAAUGUAUAGUUUGAUGCUAAAAGCUAAGGCAUAUCUGUUGUCUUUGCUGAAAAAAUGGAAAGGAAUUAUUCCUACAAUGCAGGAUUAAAGGUCUUAUUUUUUAGUAUUUUUUGUGUGGUAGUUGCAUUGUAAUUUGACCAAGCUGCCAAUAUUUCGCUAACUUCCCAAUCUGUGGCAUGUCACAGCACUGAGAUCUUAUACUUUAAAGCAGUGAUAGAUUACUCCAUACCAAGUUUAGCUCUUUUAUGUCAACUGCAUGUCUUUUAUGCACUGUAAUGUUUAUCCUGGGGCUGUGCUUUGUUUUAAAAAGAGUUUUUAUAUGAAGAUUUGUUAAUAUUCCAAACUUUGUUGGAUUGUCUCAUGGUGGUCAAUGGAGCAUCAUGUCUGAAGUCCUAUGUUCUCACUGGUCCAUAGUACUAAAAUAAGAUGGAAAUGAUCUGUAUUGAAGCACGUUUAUUGUCGACCUGCUGUAUUGUUUUCCCUGCCAUGCCAGCUCUUUGUGCAAAAUUUUAAGGACAAUAUUUUAUUCAAAUAAUGUGUAAUUAUGACCUGAAUAAAUCUCGUGAACAUUA